GAGAGUGAAGCUAUAGUCGAUUCUGGAUCGGAAUCGGAAGAUACAAACGAACAAACUGCAAUAGUUCAAACUUCAAGACUACGCAGCCGUUAUUAUUCUCUGAACGAAAAGGUGGAAUUGGGAGAAAUAGCUGCGUUAUAUUUUAAUAAAUGGGGUCGAAUCAGUUUUUACCUUUCCCUUUGCGUUUACCUUUACGGCGAUCUCGCGAUAUACGCGGCUGCCGUCGCAAAAUCCCUUUCUGAUAUAGCGUGUACUUCCAAUGCGACGUCCGAAGAUUUCGGAACUCCGUGUUGGGAGGACGCGCCAAUCGAAAAGGCGGAUAUUUAUCGGAUUUUCGUCGUCUUUUUUGCUAUACUAGUCUGUCCUUUUACCUAUUUUAACGUACAAAAAACGAAGUAUUUACAAUUGUGCACCACUACGAUGAGAUGGUGUGCUUUUAUGAUAAUGGUUACCUUGGCGUGUGUUCGAUUGGCGAAGAAUGGGGCGAUGGGACAUCCGUUAAUGUUCGAUUUCGACGGUGUGCCUGCACUGAUAGGCGCUAGCGUUUAUAGUUUUAUGUGUCACCAUUCGUUACCGGGUUUAGUGGCUCCGUUUUCGGAGAAACAAUAUGUAGUAAGACAAAUUGGUCUUGAUUACGUUUUAAUUUGUAUGUUUUCCCUUUCUGAUAUAGCGUGUACUUCCAAUGCGACGUCCGAAGAUUUCGGAACUCCGUGUUGGGAGGACGCGCCAAUCGAAAAGGCGGAUAUUUAUCGGAUUUUCGUCGUCUUUUUUGCUAUACUAGUCUGUCCUUUUACCUAUUUUAACGUACAAAAAACGAAGUAUUUACAAUUGUGCACCACUACGAUGAGAUGGUGUGCUUUUAUGAUAAUGGUUACCUUGGCGUGUGUUCGAUUGGCGAAGAAUGGGGCGAUGGGACAUCCGUUAAUGUUCGAUUUCGACGGUGUGCCUGCACUGAUAGGCGCUAGCGUUUAUAGUUUUAUGUGUCACCAUUCGUUACCGGGUUUAGUGGCUCCGUUUUCGGAGAAACAAUAUGUAGUAAGACAAAUUGGUCUUGAUUACGUUUUAAUUUGUAUGUUUUACCUGCUUUUAGCUUUAACGGGUACGUUUGCUUUUAAGGAAUUAAAUGAUUUAUAUACGUUAAACUUUUUACCAAAUAACGGCGAUUAUAGCGGAAUUUUUAUGAAAAUUAUAUUAUAUUUUUUAAGUUUAUUCCCAGUUUUUACGCUCUCUACCAGUUUUCCUAUAAUCGCUAUAACCCUACAAAAUAAUUUAAAAGCUUUAUUUUUAGACGUAAAUAACAUGGAUAGGUACAACUUUGUUUUAAGAAAAUUAACUUUUCCAACCAUCGCCGUUCUACCUCCGAUUGCCAUUGCGUUUAGUACGCACAAUUUGCAUUCUUUGGUUAAAUUUACCGGGGCGUACGCUGGCGCUUGUAUUCAGUACAUAAUACCUGCCGCGUUGGUUUAUUUGGCACGCGAAAGUUGUAAACAGGAGUUUGGGAGCGGUUCGAACAAUAAAUAUCGUAGCGCGUUUAGUGGAAAAUUUUGGAUUUAUCUCGUAGUUUGUUGGGCUGUAGGUUGCGUCAUUAUGGUUACCGUCAAUUUUGCUUUGUAAUUGUGAUAAUAAUAACACGAGUACGAUCUCUCUUUCUCUAACUCUCGGCUAAGUUUUAACAAAGAAAAACGUUUUAGUAAAUGUAGAAGUAUUAUAACUCGUAAAUUUGUAUUCCUAAGACCCUAAAACCGUACUGAUAUAUUUUUAUACCAAUUAAUAAAUUAGUAUAUUUUUUAUGUGGACUAAUAAUAAAAACUUUAUAUACA